UCUCUUCCUGCAGCUGUGCUUCCUGGUGACUGCUCGCGUCUCGCCGCGCCGCGACUCCGUCCCUCCCUCGCCUCUCUUCCGCGGGUGUUGCUGCCUGCACUACAUUGCUCGAUUCUGCCGCUGCAACAACAGUCAACAUCGAACAAAACGAAUAGACCCACUGAGCUUGAUUGCGCCUCUCAGUCCUGCAUCCGAAUCACAAUCAUGGAGGAUCAACCUGCAACACCACCACCAGCAUCAUCAUCAUCAUGCUGGAGCAGCGUGCUGAAGAAUCAGGCAACUGCGAAGCCACCUCAGCAACAAUCCAUUCAGAAUGGUCGAGGCUUGGUCGAGAGCUGCAAAUCCGCCCAUGGCGUUUCUGUGGCUGUUGUUGACGCCAACGCCAUCAUUGAUGGCGGCGAGAAGCUUCACAGCCUUGCCGACAAGUUUGUGUCCGUCCCUGAAGUCAUGGAAGAAAUCCGUGACCCUGUUUCACGCCACAAACUUUCCUUCCUUCCCUUCACUAUCGAUACCAUGGAGCCCACUCCUGAAGCUAUCAACAAAGUUGUCAAGUUUGCUAGGGCUACUGGUGACCUGCAAACUCUUUCAGAUGUUGAUCUCAAACUCAUAGCUUUGACUUACACUUUGGAGGCUCAAAUCCACGGGACACAAAAUCUCAGGGAAAGUCCACCUCCUGUUCAAACGGUGAAUGUUCCGAGGUUGCCUGAGAAGGACAUGCCAGGGUGGGGUUCUAAUGUGCCUAAUAUGGAGGAGUGGGAAGCAUUGGAGCAUCAAGCUGAGGACAAGUCGAAUUCCAAUUCAAGGAUCCUUCCUUUGAAGGACUUAAACCUUAAGGUAGCUGUUACUGUUGGUGAAAAUGGUAUAGUGAUGGCAGCCCGUCGACCUCGAGUAACAUUACGUGGUACAAAGUUUUCACUGCCUCUACCCAAAGGCGGCAGGGAUGCAGUCACAAAGAACCUGAUUCUCCGCGAAGAUCAGCUUCCUCAACGGGUACUUUAUCCUAAAACAAAGAAGGCUAACAAGAAGGAUGAUGACAUUUUCGCAUCAGGCAGUGUCUUCACCCACCACACUGAUAAGCGAGCUCCUUUCCAGCCUCCCAUAAGGAAAGCAUUAGCAGUUUUUAGUGGCAGGAGAAAUCCCAAUGACAAUCACUACUCCGGUUCUAGACACAAGUAGUGGAUAUGUCUAAAUUUUUUUUGGCUAUUCUCUCCACCACAAUUUUGUUUCACUUCUUUGUUUUGUGGAGUUAACAUGGAAAGUUUGUUUAGUUAUAAAAUAAUGAUUAAGGGUUUGAUGUUGUGUCCAGAUCCCUUGAUUACCCCUCUUAUGAUUGUGUUAUGUGUGGAUACAGCUGAAGAACUAUUAACGUAUAAAAACUAAAGUUUUUCCCUUCA